AUGCCUUAUAACACAACUGAUAAUAGUAAUCUUAUGCUGCCUGUUGCGCCUCAUAUGCACGGUGGUUAUAGCAAUUUCCAUACACAUUUUAACUAUGGAUCUCAUCCACCACCGCCGCCGGCUUUUAAAACUGAUAUUCAUGAUUCUCACUCUAUAAUGAAUCAAAAUCAUUUAAUGACUUCCUCAUUACCAUCGGUGGGCCCUGUGCAAUCACAGACACUUAGUCCAAUAACGUCAUUGAAUGGUGGAAAUGGGAGUGAUUAUCAUAUGCCACAUCACAUGCAGGCACCUCAGCAGCAUCAUUCUUCCAAUAAUACAUAUCAUCAUUCACCACCGAUGGAACAUUCACAGCCUCCGCAAGAAGUACCUAACUACAAUAGCUCAUCACCAAUAACGAUGCCUUCUCCUCCAUCAAGUAUCACUCCUUGCUCCUCAAAUCUAAGGUUCGAUGCUUUACUUGAAGCACCUACUGCUGCCGCUCAACGUAUUGAUGAGACGCCAAUGACCUAUUUAAACAAAGGUCAAUAUUAUGGCAUUCUUCUACAAGAUGUUGAUAAAGUCGAUGCCGACUUUACUACGAUCGUCAAGAUAAUGUUUCACGAUGAUGCUCAUCGUAAGAUGGCAUCAACGUAUUGGAGCUUUUGGCUCACGCAGCAGGCAUCACCGAAAACCGCAAGAGCUCUUGAUAUCGACAAAGCUGCUUCAACUGGGAUAAAGAAUGUGGAGACAAAGACCUUCGACCGCGUUCAAUUCCAAUGGAAUGGCAAAAAACAAGCAAAAAUCUUUGUUCGUUUCAAUUGCCUUUCAACCGAUUUUUCGCGUAUAAAAGGUGUUAAAGGUAUCCCACUUCGCAUUCAUAUUGAAACAAAAUGUGAGAAUGCCACAAACAGCCAAACCCUUGAAAAAUCAUUCGCAAAAAUAAAACUUUUCAGAGACAAGGGAGCAGAACGAAAGAACAAGGAUGAUCAAAAGCAUCUCGAUAAGAUGUACGAAAAAAUGCGGGGUAAGACCCAAGAAACGACCCCAAUGAUGAUGAUGUAUGCACAACCAAACUCUGUAACUCUAUUCAAUGAUAUUACGGGAAACAAUGACGCGUCAGAUGAUGAGGAAGUUCUCAACCUUUCAGAGAGUCUUAAUAAUUUGGAUGCUGAUGUCGACGGUGGUGAACUCAUGAAUUUGCAUUUGGGUAAACGACGGAGAUUAUCCCUUGGUCCCGAUUUCCUGGAACCACUUGACUGUGAUCCUACUUAUAUCCCGAUACGAAAAAGACGUGCAGUUCUUUGCAUCUAUGCUAAAUUACCGGGAGAAGCAGUACAUCGUGCAAUUUACCUGAACCAUCUUACUGUACAGGAUCUUAUAUCAAAGAUAUCAGAAAAACUCGAUAUACAAAGUCAAUCGGUCACUAAUAUCACGAGGUACACUAAACGAAAUCUCGCGGUACGCGUUGACGACGAGUUAGUUCAUCAGAUUGAAGAUGAACAAGAUAUGGAAAUUGAAUACCAAAUGGCACAAGAUGGAGGAAUUCAUUUGAGACUUACUUUUUAA